GAGCAGAGGGGAUCAACGCACUAGUAGCACGUCCAACACCCACGGAACCCAUCGCACUACUGUCCGCAAGCACACGACUCUCUGUCCCUCUCUAUCUAUGUCUCUAGCCUCCCGGUGUGCCACCGGCCAGCCCAGCCCGACCAUGUAACAAUUCCAGCUACUCGAUAAUUUUGGUAACUCUUUGGGCUUGGUCUUGCUCAUAUCCACACUCCCAGGCCCAUCUGAAAUUGUGGGAGCAGUAGGGUCUGGGUCAAAGACCAUGGGAGCCGAGGAAUUAGCUAACUACGGGGCAGGGUUUCAUGAAAUGGAUAAUGAUGAUAAUUUUAGUGAUUCUGAGGUAGUCUAUCAUGUCAAGGAUGCUCUUAAUUCAGUCUCAUUGGGUGACAGUGACAGUUACGACCAGCUUGUUGGGGUUAUGCAUCACAAUGAACGACUUGCCCCUGAGGAGGUGGCAUUGCUUGUGACCAGUUUAAAGGCACUAUCUGGAGCAGUUUCUCAUAUAGAUGUCGUUCUCCAUGACUCUCUUCUUACUUCAAUUUUUAGAAUGAACAUGUGGAACUACAGACCUGAUGUGAUGGAUGCGUUGCUUGAACUAAUCAUAUCCUUGGCUGCUUCAAAUGGAAAACAUGUCAAUUCAUGUUUGGAAAUGCUUGUGAGCAACUUCACACCACCAUACUCAUUCGUAGAUACAUUGAAGCAGCCACGUGGUCUUGCAAGAAAGGAACAAGUUCUUUCUCGUGUGCACUCAGCCCUGAAACACAUAGCUGAUUUGGUGCCUCUUGCUCCCUCUAUACUAUCUCCAAUUGUUUCUCAAAGAAUGCCAAUUUAUGCAAAGGAACCUUUGGCAGUCAUAUAUGUUGAGAACAUGUUAAAGCUUGAGAGUGGUGCAAUUGGAGAAUUUGUUAGGAGCACGAUGCUUAUGGCACUGAUGGAUAUGCUGAUAGAGUUGGAUGUGGAGAUUGGAUGGGAUGACAUUUUGCGAGAUGAUUCUAGUAAAGGAAUAUUUCAGAUGGAGCUUGAGAAUGCGGAUGAAAUUGCAGAUUAUGACGAGGAAGAUGAUUAUGAGCUUCCAAGAGAAUUAAGUCGGAAGAGUUUAGGAGGAAAUUUAAUUGCUGAAAAAUUGGAUAGCUUGAUGGCUCUAACUUUUGAGCAUCUUGAAUCAUGUAAAGCCAAUGGUCGUUUGAGCGAGGUCUUUGAACCUCUUUUAGACUCAUUCCGAAUUACGGUUUUGACUACAUACAAGUCAAAAUUUGCUCAGUUUGUGAUGUUCUAUGCCUGUGCUCUAGAUCCUGAAAACUGCGGUGUGAGAUUUGCGACAUUGCUUGUAGAUAUUUUUGUUAGCAAAGACUACCCAAUGCCAUUCAGGAUGAGUGCUGUUGCUUAUCUUGCUAGCUUUUUAUCACGUGCAAAUUUUCUGUCAGCCCCUUUCGUUGCUAUCAUGUUGAAAAGGUUAGUAGAUUGGUGCUUGGAAUAUUGCAAAACAGGUGGUGAAAUAAACCCAGUAUCCCAUAGACUUUUCUACUCUGCAUGCCAGGCCAUCAUGUAUGUGCUUUGCUUCCGAAUGAAAUCAAUGAUGGAUGUUGCUUGGUUCAAGUCUCAUCUGCUCUUUAUAGAGCCGAUCUUGAAGCAUGCAUUGAGCCCAUUGAAGGUAUGUCUGCCUUCUAUUGUUGAUGAGUUUUGCCAACAAGCAGAAGUAGCCAAUCUAUUCUCUUCAUCUGAGGAAUUUGUUUUUAGCGACUCACUGGAGUCCGAAAAUUCAAAGGCUUUUGGUGGGAUGGAAAGGCUUGACAUGUUCUUCCCAUUUGACCCAUGUUUGCUUAGAAAAAGUGACAGAUUCAUCCGACCAUACUUCGUGUAUUGGUCAAUGGUCAGACCUCCGUGCGAUGAAGCUGAAGGCAUUAGUGAUGAAGACAUUGGUGAGCAAGAGAUUGAUCUUGAUGUGAGCAAAAUGUCAAUCACACCCGGGAAGUCUUCAGCUUAUUGGAUUCAGGAUGGAUUUGAGGAGCCUAGAGGAAUGCCCGCAAGAAUUAGACCCUCAACAAGUCCAGAGUCUUUGUGAUAUGAAGAUAGUCAUGUUUUUUUUUUAAAAGGAAAAAAGAGCGGGCUGCCAAAGGGGUGUGCUGGCUCAGCACGAGAGUUUUGCCAUUACAGUUUUUGGCAUUAUAAUUAUGAUUUAAGUUUUGUGUUUUUUCAUUUUUAUUUAUUUCUUAAUUUUACUUCAAGGUUCGUAAAAUUAAGCCAAGAGGACACGUUACGCACACUUGGGAUAUAUAUUUUGAUCAGUCAAUAUUGGAUGUUUAUUUUAGAUAA